AUGGCAGGAGUCGCAUCAGCAUGGUUUCAGACCACCCGCACCAUGGUUCGCAUUGCAUGGGGUUUAAGGGUUCAUUGCACCAACCCUAGACCUUCACAGGUGCGGUUUGUGACGUCACCCUCCUCAUCAGAAUCAGCCAAGCGCGAAAUUGAGGAGCUGAAGAAAUUAACAUGAAUUUUUAUGAAGAUGGCGAACCAAUCGAAAGAAGCCAUCGGAGCAGCGGAUAACAUAGCCGAGAAAGCAAAACAAACAGCGAAAGAAGCGUGGAGUGCCACCAAGGAUGCUGCUCAGAAAGUGCAGAACACGGUGGCUGGAAAAGCAGAUGCAUCUGCAGCCACCAUUAAAGAUAAUAUUGAAACUGCUAAACGCAGUAUAAAUACCAAAAAUUAG